CUCGACACCUCAUCGCGCAAGUCGUCGCGUUCGAGCGUACGAGUGCAGCCUGAAGCCAAAGAAACGAAGCCAAGCGACCCUUUCAGGCCACCAACGCCAACAGCGAUCGAAGUCGCUGCACCCAGCUAGCUCCAAUCCAGCAGCUCUCUCAAUCACCAUGCUGAUGCGCCAAGCCUCGCGCCACGCGCGCGCCGUCGCGGCACGCCAGUCGAGCAGCGCGAGCAGCACGACGACGCACUUCGGCGAUAGAACCGUACCGACGGAGGAAAAGGCCGGCCUCGUCAAAGGCGUCUUCAGUUCGGUAGCGAACAACUACGACCUCAUGAACGAUUUGAUGUCCGGCGGCAUGCACCGGCUCUGGAAGGACGACUUCGUGGGGCGAUUGAACCUGCCCGCGGUAGCGAGGGCGACGGGCCAGGCGCCGCGAUGCCUAGAUGUCGCGGGUGGCACGGGUGACAUCGCCUUCCGCAUGGCCGAGAGUCUGGCGGCGUGGCUGCCGCCGCUCGAGGAGGACGGUGCCAUCCCCUUGACGGUGUCGGAUCCGAACGAGGAGAUGUUGAGCGUUGGUCGCGAACGGCAGCAACAAAGGGGCAUCGACGCGUCCUGUCUGCAAUUUGAGGUCGGCGACGCCCAAUCCUUACCCUAUGAGGACGAGACCUUUGACGUCAUUACGAUCUCGUUUGGUCUGCGGAACGUCACGGACAUCGACGCGGCUCUGAGAGAGAUGCGGCGAGUACUCAAAAAAGGAGGUCGUUUCGAGUGUUUGGAAUUUAGUAAGGUCGAGCCCGCCCCGCUCCGAGCUUUAUAUGACGCCUACUCGAAGCAUAUUAUUCCAGAAAUUGGUCAUCGGGUUGCUGAUGAUAGGGCGUCCUACGACUAUUUGGUCGAGUCCAUCAGAAAACACCCGUCGCAACUGGAGCUGUUGUCGCAGUUAGCCAUGGCGGGGUUCAAGUCGCCGACGGUGCGGGACAUGACCUUUGGAGUUGUGGCGGUGCACAGCGGGUACAAGUAAGUUUGAUUGACGCCUAGCCCCAUAUGUACGCCGCGUCGAUGGCGUGGAACCAUCGCCACGCCAUCGCGCAGGGUACAAGUAAGUUUCAACAGAC